AUGACGGAAAUAAAGAAAAUGACUGAUUUGGAAGUCAUUGUACUAAUCACGUUCUUCUUUGUUCCCACUUUGGCGAUUUUCGUAAAUUCUGCUGAAAUUUGGAUCCUUGCAAGGAAACGACGAUCGAUGACAAACAACGAGAGAAUACUUUUAAGCCUCUCGAUUGCAGAUUUGCUGGUAGGAAUAACAUUUGUUGUAUUUCAUGCAGUUCAAAUUCGCAUCAAUAGAACAUGGCUGAAGCUGGGCUCUGGUUAUUUACUGUGGUUUUCCAUCAUGGUAUCUUGCUUUCAUAUCGUUUACAUGACGGCUGACAGGUGCAUUGCUGUUGUUUUCCCCUUCAAGCAUCGAAUAUGGGUAACAACGUCGCGCACAACUUAUUGCAUCUUUUGGAUCUGGAUGGGCUCUGGUGCAGUAAUGGCAGUGCUUAUAACUGAGGCAACACAACAAAUAACACGGACUGUUUUAGGCUAUGUGAUUAACGUCACAAUUAUUCUUAUGAUCUUCACAUACGGCGUUAUCAUUUACAAGGUAGUAAUCCAACGCCGUAGAUUACAGAGAGUGCAAGACAAUCGACAAAGCAAUACAGCUUCAUCAAUGAAGAAAGACCGCAAUCUAGUGAUCAUGUGUGUGCUGAUCGCUACCACAUUUGCCGCGUUGACGUUGCCUUUUUCAAUCAAGACAGUAGCUCAUGAAAAAGAAACGUUUCCAGAAAGAAUAGCCGUUGUUUUUAACUCACUGACAAACCCAUUUAUCUAUUUCUUCUGGAGAUAUCUUGAAAGAAGAAAUGAAAAUCAUAGACCUACCCAAGUGGAAAUGAAAUAA